AUGAGCUCAUUUUCCUUUUCUUCUUCUCCAGUUUCCAAACUUCAGUGGCGCGCGAACUGUAACCAUAAACCCAAUCGCCCGAUUGUUCAUCUUCCUCUCUCUCUUCUCCAUGGCAACAGCUAUUCAUGGAGAUUAUCUUGUAACCUUACUCAACCUGGUCUCGAUUUCGAGGAAAGUGUGGAGAAAGAUGAAAUCCCUCAGUUCCUCGAUUUCUCUGCAGAGGAGGAGCCGAAGGCGACGAUUGCUGCUCCAUCUACAAUGCUGAGGAAGAAGAAAGCUGAUGAAGAGAGCUUGGACGAUAGAUUCAAGCUCAGAAAUGGAAAGGAGGUUUUUGAGGAGAAGGCAUAUCUAGUGGGAGUGGAAAGAAAGGGUGAUGGAGAAUGUUUGUUUGAUAUAGAGGAAUCACUUGAGGAGCUAGAACAGCUUGCGGAUACUGCUGGGCUUAUGGUUGUUGGUUCUACGUAUCAGAAGCUAGCUUCCCCAAAUCCCAGAACAUACAUUGGAUCGGGAAAGGUCUCGGAGAUAAAAAGCGCCAUUCAAGCGUUGGACGCUGAGACCGUGAUAUUUGACGAUGAACUUUCACCAGGGCAAUUGCGUAAUCUAGAAAAGGCCUUUGGUGGGGAUGUACGAGUUUGUGACCGCACUGCUCUUAUCUUGGACAUUUUUAACCAAAGAGCUGCAACUCAUGAAGCGGCCUUGCAGGUUGCUCUAGCUCAAAUGGAAUACCAGUUACCACGGCUAACUAGAAUGUGGACUCAUCUUGAGCGUCAAUCAGGUGGCCAAGUUAAGGGUAUGGGAGAGAAACAAAUUGAAGUUGAUAAGCGUAUCCUGCGUACUCAAAUUGGAGUUCUCAAAAAGGAGUUGGAAUCUGUUAGAAAGCACCGAAAGCAGUAUAGGACCCGGCGUGUUGCUGUACCUGUUCCUGUGGUAUCUUUGGUUGGUUACACAAACGCUGGAAAGAGUACACUUUUGAACCAAUUGACUGGUGCUAAUGUUCUCGCUGAAAAUCGUUUGUUUGCAACCCUUGAUCCAACUACAAGAAGGGUUCAGAUGAAAAACGGGAAGGAGUUUCUUCUCACAGAUACCGUUGGUUUUAUCCAAAAGUUACCAACCACCCUGGUUGCUGCUUUCAGAGCAACACUCGAAGAGAUAUCAGAGUCGUCCCUUUUGGUGCAUGUUGUUGACAUCAGCCACCCACUGGCAAAUCAACAAAUAGAAGCUGUGGAAAAGGUCAUGUCUGAACUCGAUGUCUCAUCAAUCCCGAAAUUGGUUGUGUGGAACAAGGUUGAUAGAGUGGAUGAUCCUCAAAAGGUCAAGCUGGAAGCAGAGGAAAACGGGGAUGUAAUUUGUAUAUCUGCCCUGACUGGAGAAGGACUAGACGAAUUCUGCAAUGCUGUUCAUGAGAAGCUCAAGGAUGCAAUGGUUUGGGUUGAAGCCCUGUUGCCAUUUGAUAAAGGGGACCUUCUAAGCACUAUACACAAGGUUGGAAUGGUGAAAGAAACUGUAUAUACAGAGAACGGGACGCUUAUAAGGGCACACGUUCCGCUUCGUUUUGCACAGCUGCUUAAACCGAUGAGACACAUGGUCAAAGAUACGUUAGGGUGA